GUCAAUCAACCACAUAUUGAAUGGGCAGAAGAAGGUGACUUGUGAAGUGGAGGCGGUCAGAGAGUUACAAACUUACAAUAAUAUUUUUAUGAAUAAACAGUAGUUUCAGUGCUUUUGUUUUAAUUUGGAAAUAUGACAUUUGUUUCCUAAAUAAUUUGUUUAAUAUAAACACAAAACGUCAAAUGUAAAGUACUUUCCGUUUAUUUUCGAUUAAUAAAAUAUAAACGUUUGUCUAAAGACUCUAAACUACCUAUUAUAACAAAAUAUAAACAUCAAUAUGUAUAUAACUUAUUUAUGAUGAAAAUAUACCCAUUAGUACCUAUUUUUAGCUUGGAGAUCAGUGUGUGCCUAACUCUUAGUAGUUGUUAAGUAUAAAGAUCAAAGAUCAUAAACGUGGGAGAGACAAAUCAGAGAUAGAGGAGACUUGGUCUUGUUUUUGGAAAAAUAUUAAGUAAAGACAAUACUGUUUAUGGGUUGGAUUGUGACCAGUGUUUGUGGUGGCUUUUGGUCUUGUUCAUAUGACAUAUAUACAAGUUAGGCGAAAGACAUGUUUUGUUUCCUUAGUUGCAUCUGGCAUGAGCGGCCAUCAACCACUAGUUUGAAAGAAGAUGCAUUGCUCUAUGGGAGACAAGCCAUGACAGAGGAGACUUGAUUUUUGGUAAAGAAAAACUAAGUAAUGACAAUACUGUUUUAUGGGUUGGACUAUGACCAGUGAUUGAGGUGGCUUUUGGUCUUGUUCAUGCAUACAAGUUAGGCGCAAGACAUGUUCUGUUUCCUCAGUUGCAUCUGCCAUGGACGGCCUUCACCUUCAACUAGUUUGAAAGACGGUGCAUUGUUUUGUGACUUCGGUGUCAAGUCACUGUUACAUAAGUUGAAAAUUAAAAUGUUUGGCUUUUGAGGAGUGAGAAAAUAGGUUUGUUGUCCCUUGGUAAUUGCACAGAACUUCUUGAUGUUACUUUGUAGAGUGGGGGCAAUAGACAUAAAUCCGUAAGCUUAUAUAGUCCACAAUUUUGUGGGCCUUGGACUCUGCUACAGUUAGCUCGCUCAAUUAUAGCUUUCUCAGCCUUUUAAUUUUAAGUGGGCUUUUACAGGCUAUCUAUAACAAAAUUGAAUUUUAAUACCAUUUCUCCUCUGAAUAAUGUAUAUUUAUUAUAUUAAACUGUAAAUUUUUUUAUAACACUGUAAUUAAUUAUAUAAGUUUAUAAUAUAUUAAAAAUAUCACGAACCAAAACUUAUUGCUUUGAUUUACUUGCUUAAUUCAUCUCACAAGGUUACAACAAUGCAUCUAAACUUAAGUCAUAUGCUAAUUUUUUUUAUAACAUCUGAUUAAUUAUGCUAUUACAACAAUGAAAAAAUAUUACAUAGACGAUUCUACAACCAAAAAUUAUAUCAUCUUAUGAGAAUACACGUCUGACUGCGUUAGUACUUACUCCAAGCCGGCCAAUGAGAUCCAUGUUCGAUGAUACACCAUGUACUAUGCUGAAGAUCUUUUAAAACAUUUUUUUCUAUAAUUUGCAUAAUUUGCAUUUUCUAAGGUUUGAACCCAAUACUUCUUGGUUUAGAAGCAUUAAUAAACUCUUAGUUAUAUAAUAAUUUAAUAUUUACAUUUUAAAAUUUCACAAAAUAUCAAAAUGCUUAAGUUAUUUUUCUUUAUCCACUUCUUGGCUCUACCUCUAAACAAUUGUUGCUUAAGUUUUGGUUGUGAAAGGUCACUGUUUCUUGCUGGACAUGGAUGUGUUUGGGCAAAUCUUUGCCAUGGUUACUUCUGUGUGGAGAUCUAUGUUAUGUCAAAUCAUCAUUUAUGGUGGAAUGUUUAUAUGAUAGGGAAGCAGUUUUUCUUUCGGGUUGUUAAGCUUUCUUACUCAUCUUUCUGACUUAGGUUGUUGGUGUACAAACACCUUUGAAGUUUCCAUAGUUAUGUGUUGCUACCUUUAGCUUUUUAUUAGCGGUUGAAUGUGCUUUAAAGAUCUCUUUGGAAGGCUUCCCAUGUUUAUCAAUAGUUUUUUAGCUUUGAGACAUAAGUUUAUGGCAUAAGCUUUUGUUUGUUUUGGUGUUUGACAUGUCAUAUGUUUCAGCAGUGGGCUUUGCUAAUGAAGCCAAAACCCUGAUUAUUAUUUCCGCCUCAGUUGUGGUUUCAGUCUUAAGUAUUGUAUUGGAACUGUGAAAUCUCGUGUCUAACUCUAUUUUGUCCGAUUAGUACGAUAUUAUCCACUUUGGGUAUGAGAAGCUGGUCAACAUGGAUUUACUUUUGGUUUCCUUUCCAAAAGGUCUCAUACUAAUUAGAGUUGAACAUUUCUUUUUAUACAUUAGAUUUUCCUUUGUUUAAAAUGUUGGACUUUGUUUGAUACCUCACAUUCUCUCUUUCAAACUAAGAAUCACACUAAUAUCGAAUGUUUUUUCUUCUUCUGCGAUAUUCAUUGGCACCUUAUCUUGUCGUGUCUUUGACAUCUGGCACCCAAUCGCAUUGAGAAUGCUUUUCUCACAACAUCACAAGUUCCAUGAUCUUCUGACGUCUCUGCCAGAGACCUCUUCUUCCGAUUUAAAGGAUCAUGUUCCUCCUCGAAGGGUAUUUUGGUCUUCUUGCAGAUCUUCGUCAAACCUGGUGCUUUGAAACCAAUUGUUGGGACUGUGAAAUCUCAUGUUCAAUUCUAUUUUGUCCGAUUAAUACAAUAUUGUCCACUUUGGACCUAAGAAGUUGGUACGCAUUAGUUUAUUUUUGUUUUUUUUUUAAAAAGCUUUGUACUAAUUAGAGUUGAACAUUUUUUUAUUUAUUAAAUUUUUCUUUGUCUAAUUUUCAGUGUAUAACUUUGUUUGAUAUCUCAUAUAUUGAAGCAGCGUGUAUGCUUUUUCUCAGUGGCAUCAUCUCAUCUCCCUUAGCAGUUAUAUGUUGGAGUCGAGUUCAGAGAACUUUUUUAUGCCUUUGAUUUUUUGUGUAAUGGUUCCUCUUAUCCAUAGUUUAUGUAUUCGAUUUACUAGUAUAGCAGCGGUUUGUUAUUAUGUGUUGUGAACUUUUUCUCCAUAGUUGGAAAAUAAGCUAUUUAUGAAAAGCGUUACUAGUUGACCAAAAAAAAAACUCCACAAGUGAAGUUUUAUUUUAAUUUUAUUACAUUUUAAAGUAAGAAAUAUAAGUAUUCGUAAAAAAAAAAAAGGAUUACUCUAUUGUUUUUUCUUUUGAUUUUUUUUACUCCAUUGUUAGAGUAAUCUCAUUUUACUCCAUUAUGGAUUAGCAAAUGUAGUGGAAUUGAAGAAGAUUUCAUUACUCCAUUCUUUUGCUGUAGCUGUAAGAUUUUUGCUGUGAUUUUGUAUGUUAUAAAACUCACAGAUUUAUUAAUAAGUUUCUAAAGCACUGUUAUUUUGCUGUGGAAAUAUUAGUGUCUACAGCCAAAAGAAAAGAAAAAAAAGAAACGAAGCUGUAGGUUUCAAAAAUCAAAGCAAAGCUUGAUUGUUAAAUAUUGUGGCUGUAGAAAUAUUUUUUGCUGUCCACAGCAACCAAAGCACAAACCAAUCAACCUCAUACUAAAAACUUCAAUCCUUUGCUGAUUAUCUGGAUAAGUCGAUAAGAAUUAUCUGGAUAAACAUUUAGCUGAUUAUCCAAAAUAAUAGCACAGUGGAUUACGUCAAACAUGCCAAAAACUUCAAUCCUUUGCAAAAUUUCAACCAAAUUUAUUCUAAUACGUUUUAAUAUGAAUUAAAUGAUUAAUUAAAUGGAGUUUUAUCUUUGAGACUUUGACAAUAAACAAUAAAUGUAGUCUUAUCACUAAGUUGAUGCUAUUAAUCCUUUUUUGUUUAUAUUAACUGGAUUUUAUUAUUGAGUUAUUCUUGACCAAAUCUGAAUAGCAAUUAAGAAAACACAAGAUUUUAAAUUUAGAAUGCCCAAAAAAAUAAUUACAGGAUCUCUUUAUGUAAACAGAAACAUUGUUUAAUACUUAACACUACAAUGAAAAGUUAUAAUAUACACAAAAUAUUAUAUUUUAAAUGGAUUUAUAUUGAAAUUAGUCGAAAAUAAGGUAAAUAAUCGCUAAAAACACUCAAAUUAAAAUUAUUAAUUAUUAUAUCUAUACUUAUCCAAGUUGAUCAGCGUAUUUAUCCUUAGUCAAAUAUACGUUUCCAAGAAACUCUCAGUUAGUAACCGAAUAGAUAUUCUCAAGCCCUUAUAAAUACGUUCUCUCUAUCAAUCACUUCUCACAUCAAAAGUUUCGUCAUCUCUCUCCUUUUAUCAUUCUUUCACCGUUUUCAUUUUAGCGUUUUAACAAUGGAGUUGGAUCUUUCACCUAGACUACCGAAGAAAGUGUACGGAGGAGACGGAGGUUCAUACUUUGCAUGGUGCCCUGAAGAGCUACCCAUGCUACGUGAUGGCAACAUUGGAGCCGCUAAGCUCGCUCUCGAGAAGUAUGGCUUAGCUCUUCCUCGCUACUCUGAUUCCUCCAAGGUCGCUUACGUUCUUCAAGGAUCUGGAACAGCUGGAAUUGUUCUCCCUGAAAAGGAGGAGAAAGUGAUUGAAAUCAAGAAAGGAGAUUCCAUAGCUAUACCUUUCGGUGUAGUAACAUGGUGGUUCAACAAUGAAGACACUGAGCUAGUCAUCCUCUUCCUUGGUGAGACUCACAAGGGUCACAAGGCAGGACAGUUCACCGAGUUUUACUUAACUGGUUCAAAUGGAAUCUUCACCGGUUUCUCAACCGAGUUUGUAGGCAGAGCAUGGGAUCUCGAUGAGACCACAGUGAAGAAGCUUGUCGGGUCUCAGACAGGAAACGGGAUCGUCAAAGUUGAUGGGAGUUUGAAAAUGCCUUCACCUAGAAAAGGUGACAGGGAAGGAUUUGUGUUGAACUGCUUGGAGGCUCCUCUUGAUGUUGAUAUCAAGGAUGGAGGAAGAGUUGUCGUGUUGAACACAAAGAAUCUUCCAUUGGUUGGUGAAGUUGGUUUUGGUGCUGAUCUUGUGAGGAUCGAUGGGCAUUCCAUGUGUUCUCCUGGAUUCUCUUGUGACUCUGCUCUUCAAGUUACUUACAUCGUUGGUGGUAGCGGUCGUGUUCAGGUGGUUGGAGCUGAUGGGAAGAGAGUUCUUGAGACUCAUGUGAAAGCUGGUGCUUUGUUCAUUGUUCCUAGGUUCUUUGUUGUUUCCAAGAUUGCUGAUUCUGAUGGCUUGUCUUGGUUCUCCAUUGUGACCACUCCUGAUCCCAUUUUCACUCACUUGGCGGGGAAGACAUCUGUGUGGAAGGCAUUGUCGCCGGAGGUUCUGCAGGCGGCAUUUAAGGUUGCUCCGGAGGUGAAGAAGGCUUUCCGAUCUAAGAGGACUUCUGAUGCCAUUUUCUUCCCUCCUCCCAACUAGAUUAUGAACUAAGCUUUGGUGGUUUUAGUUUCGUUUGUGGUUUAAGGAAAGUGUGUUUUAUUUAUUUUCUGUUGGUUUCUAUGGACUAUGGUGCUCUCUUCUCCUUGUUGCGAUUUGAAUAAAUAAGAAAGGAUGAAAAACUUCUUCUAAUUGACUCUCA